AUGGUUUCUUCGGCGCCCGAAUUUCACGUCCGCGAAGUAGCCGCAGCAGCUCCAGAUCUCAUCAGCUUGGCCGAGAACCGCGAAUCUUCCUGGAUCAACAAGCAUAUUCUGUCCUCUCCUUUCAGGCUCAUCCGGAAAUCCAGAAGGACUUCGCCAAGAAGAUCCUUUUAG